GUUAGGCUUGGUGCUCAGGCCAUCCAAAAGAAAAGUAGUUUCAAGUACCUUGGGUCUAUCAUGCAAGGCAGCGGGGAGAUUGACGAUGAUGUCACACAUCGUAUUGGGGUAGGGUGGAUGAAAUGGAGGCUAGCUUCAGGAGUGCUAUGUGACAAGAAGGUGCCACCACAACUGAAGGGCAAGUUCUACAGAGUGGUGGUUAGACCGGCUAUGUUGUAUGGGGCGGAGUGUUGGCCAGUUAAGAUCUCUCACGUUCAAAAGAUGAAAGUUGCCGAGAUGAGAAUGUUGAGAUGGAUGUGUGGGCACACUAGGAGCGACAGGAUUAGAAAUGAGGUUAUUCGGGAUAAGGUGGGAGUGGCCUCGGUGGAAGACAAGAUGCGGGAAAUGCGACUGAGAUGGUUUGGGCAUGUGAAGAGGAGAGACAUAGAUGCCCCAGUGCGGAGGUGUGAGAGGUUAGCCAUGGAUGGUUUCAGAAGAGGUAGGGGUAGGCCAAAGAAAUAUUGGGGAGAGGUGAUUAGACAGGACAUGACGCAGUUACAGCUUACCGAGGACAUGACCUUAGAUAGGAAGGUGUGGAGGACCCACAUUAGGGUAGAAGGCUAGUAUAUAAGUCUCGUACGAAUACGAACCGUGAAAGCGUGGCCUAACGAUCCUUUAGACCUUCGGAAUUCGAAGCUAGAGGUGUCAGAAAAGUUACCACAGG